AUGGAGCUGAAGAUACUAAUCAAAGCCGUCAGACAUGAUGUUACUCAUCCAGAUACAAAAUAUGUCAGAUUCAUUUUAGGAGGUACUGAUGCUAAGAGAUACCCUGGUUUCAAUGGUCUUUUCACUUAAGUCACAUUCGAUGCUGUUAAAGGAGUUUUCAUAGACACAGCUGAUUAAUUAAAAGGAUACAUGAACAAAUUGGAAAACCCAACAAUUGGAUAAGUUGAUUUACAAACCUAUAGAUUAGUUACUAAUGAAUAAUACAGAGAGAAGACCAAUGAACCACUCCUUAAUGUAAUUGGAAAAGACAAUGAAAGAUUCCCAUUAGAAUAUUCAAUCAGUGGUUGGUUCAAAUGGUAAUAAGCUCCAUAAGAUGCUUGGUAAAACUUGUUCAGAGUUUCAUUAAAUGAAAAACCAGCAGAUCAAUACUUAGGAGAUAGAACAUUAUCUACUUGGAUCGGAACAGCUGAAGGAGGUAUCAUUCAUAUGCCAACAUACACUUAUGCUAACAUGAAUGGAGGUGGUAAUGCAAAUGUUUGGAAGAAUAUCUUACACAAAGAUAGACACACCAAGUGGUUCUUCGUUUAUUUCGGAUAUUCAAAACCUUAAGCUAAGGCAUAUUCUUACAUCAAAUGGUAAUCAGAUGAUGACUUCUUGAAUUACGAUAAUACAAACCAUUACUAUGCACCAAACUUCUAAGUGUUCUUCGGAAGAGAUAAAUUCUAUACAGGUUGGCAUGGUAAGGUUGCAUUUGCUCAAUUCAAUUUGGGUAAAGGUGCAUUCAGAAGUGGUAAAGAUUUCACUCAUCCCAAUGAUGCUUUCGGUAUUGGAGCAGGUGUUGAUAAAUUGAAGAAACCAGACACUGGAUUUAAGCCAGCUGAUUCAGAUCCUGCAAUUAAGGAAAAUGCAUUCAAUUAGGAUAAACCAAUACAUGAUAAGAAUGUUAAUUCAGAGAAUCCAUUUGAUGAGUAUGGUUAUGGAUUUUGGAUGAGAUUCUUGACUGCCUAUCCAUAGAGAUUAAAUAAUGGUAAGAAUGAAGCAUGGUAUUUCGUUGCUAGAUUGGCUAAUUAAGAGAAAUAUGAUAACAUUAGAAUGGGAGACAGAAUGUUAGCCUUGUGGUAAGGACAAGGAUAUUAUCAUUUCACAGCAGCCAAUGUUUUGACUGGAAACUCCAAAUCUUAUUCAAAAUAUAUUGAAGGAUUGUGGACUUAUGUUUAUUAUUCAUACAGUGUUGAAGAGAACAAAGCUCAAGGUUUCAUUAAGUUCGGAGAGGAGAAUUUCAAAUAGAUCACACACUAAACAACCUAACCAUUAACCAAAUAUUUGAGAUUCAUAGUUGGUGGUAAUGAUGAAAAGAGAUACCCAGGAUUCAAUGGUUUGUUCACAUCAAUUACAUUCUCAUCUUCAAUAGGAGCUUAUGUUGACAGCAUUGAUGCUUUGAAUAAAUAUGUUAAUGCUAAUCCAUAUCCCAAAUUAGAUACUACUCCAUAGAAUUAUUUGUUGAUUAAGGAUCCAAUUACUAGAAAACCAGAAAAUGAUUUCUUUUUGAGGGAAUUCGGAGAAGACAAUUAAAGAUUCCCAGUUGAAUACUCAAUCAGUGGAUGGUAUAAAUGGAUUGAAGGAACUCCAGCAAAUCAAUGGUAGAAUUUAUACAGAGUAUUAUUGAAGAAAGAGCCAACAGAUACAGCAGUAUUGGGAGAUAGAACAUUGGCAGGUUGGAUUGGAUUUGGUAAUAUUCAUUAGAGUACAUAUACAUAUGUGAAUAUGAAUGGAGCAGGAAAUAACAAUAUUUGGAAAUAAGCUGAACAUAAAGAUAGACACUUGAGAUGGUUCUUUGUCUAUCAUGGAUAUUCAAGAAAUGACAGAUUGUCAUAUGCUAUUGUUUAAUACUAUAAGGGAUCCGAAUCUUUAUCAUGGGAUAAGGUUAACCAUUACUUCGUUCCAAGAUUCUAUGUUUAUGUAGGAAAGGAUGCAAUAAAUGGAUACAAUGGUUAGAUUGGUGCUAUUAAUUUCAACAUUGGAGCUGGUUCAUUCAGAAAGGGAGAAGAUUUCACUCAUGAAAAAGACUUCUUUGGAUUUGGUGCUCCAUUUGUUUAGACUAAAGUGAAACCAUUUGAUAUCAAGGACAGAGCAACUGAUCUUUUAGUUAGUGCAGCCCCAAGUCAAGAGAAGCCAUCAUUCACAAAAGUGUUGUCAGAUGAUGAAGUAGCAAGUUGUGAGGAGUAUGGUUAUGGAUUCUGGGCAAGAUAUUUGACUUAAUAUCCAACUCCAUAGAAAUCAGGAAUGUAAGGUGAAUGGACAUUUGUCUCUAGAUUAACAAAGAACUAGAAAUUGUAGGAUAUCACUUUAGGAGACAGAACUUUGGCAAUAUUCUUGAAUAGAAAUAGUGCAUUCCACAUUACAACUUACAAUGCUGGUAAUCCAAACUCAAUUGUAAAUGCAGCUGCAAGACCAGAUUUCGAAGGAAUUUGGAUCUAUAUUCAUUUCAGUCAUAAUUUAGAGAAGAAAUCAAGUGUUGCCUUCUUGAAGUAUGGUGAUGAGAAGCCUGUUAGAUAUUAACAAGCUGCAACUCAUGUACCACCCUCAUUCUUACAAUUCUAUUUGGGAGGUAAAGACUUCUAUAGUUCAUGGAAUGGUCAAUUCAGUGAUGUUAUGGUAUCAGCCAGCAAGGGAAUCUUCAUUGAUGACGAGGCUACAUUGACUAAACAUUUGUCAGGAUUCAAGAUGCCAGCCUAAUUCAAUUAUGACUUGAGGACAUUCGAAGUAAUUCCAAAGGAAUAACCUUAUGAUGGUAAAUAAGAAGUUAAAGAAUAAAUGUUUGAAGAGGAUGUUGCUUUGAGACCAGAAUAUGCUUGGUCAGGAUGGUUCAAAUGGGAUAAUCUUCCAGCAGGUGCCUUCUUCUUGUAUGCUAGAUUGAGUUUAUACUAAGGACCAACAGAUUUGUCUUAUUUGGGAGAUAGAACAUUAGCAGCAUGGGCAGGACCAGGCAAUAUGAUGCAAUUCUCCACAUAUACAUAUACUAAUUUAGUUGGAGGUGGAAAUGCUGAUAGUUGGAAUAGAAUUAACUCUGGAUAAGAUUUAGUAAGAUGGCAUUAUGUUUACUUUGGAUAUUCUUUGAUUGAGAAGGCUGCCUACUACAGAGUAGAAUUUAAGGGAAGAAUGGAAUAAUUCACUUUCAAAGAUCACAAGCACUACUAUCCAAAUAAAUUCUCAUUGUAAGUCGCUAGGGACAAAUUCUACCAACCAUUUGCUGGUAUUGCUUCUUAUUUCAGAUUGAAUGUUGGUGAAGGUGCUUACAGAACAAGCGGUUAUGAGAAAGCCAAGAAUGACAUCUUUGCUUAUAAUCUAGGCAAAUAGGAUUAUGUCAAACCAUCCCCCACUUUGGAUGUCAAUAGAGACUAGAAUAAGGGAGUUUCUGACUCUCCAUGGGAUGGAAAGGAUCCAGUAUGGACAAAGAAAUUGAUUGGAUCAGAUUUGGAUGAUAUUAAUGAAUAUGGUUACUCCAUGUGGUUGAGACAUUUGGCUCAUUAUCCAGUUCAAAUGCCAAGAGGAUUAGCUGAUAAGGGUUGGUCAUUUGUUGCUAGAUUAACUAAGAAUCAAUUAUUAUAGGAUAUUACUGUUGGAGAUAGAGUCUUGGCUGUUUGGUUGAAUCAUGGCAAUUUCUAUCACUUUACUACAUAUCAUCAAGGUAAUCCAAACUUGAAUUAGAAUAUUGCCAAUCCAAAUGACAUUGAUGGUGUUUGGUAUUAUUUGCACUUUGCUCACAGUCUUGGAAGCAAGUAGUCAGUAGGUUUCUUGCAUAACGGAGAAAAAUUGAAUAAGGUUGUCUUCGCAGCUGAACAUGUAGCACCUACUUUCCUAUAAUUCUAUUUGGGAGGAUCUCAAGUCAAUUAUCCAGCAUUUAAUGGUCAAUUUUCAAAUGUAAUAUUGUCAGUGGGCGAUGGAAUCUUCAAACGAGAUGAGGCCGAAUUCAAUGAAUUCUUCAAAGAUCUCAAAUCACCAGAUCCUUUCAACAGAAAUCUUGUGACCAAGAAUCUUAUUGAUGCACCAAAGGAGUUCGGAAAGGAUACUGCUAAAGAUGAAAAGGUUUUCACUGAAUUUGCUUUGACAGGAGAGUACUCAUGGUCAGGAUGGUUCAAAUGGACUCCAACUGUAUAAUAAGCAUGGCAUUUAAUGGUGAGAUUGUCAAGUCUUCAAAAUUCUGAAGAUUUAUCAUUCUUAGGAGACAGAGUCUUGAGUGCAUGGGUUGGAUAAGGAUAUUUCCAUUUCACUUGUUAUCAUGCUGCCAAUAUCAAUGCAGGAGGAAAUGCUAAUUAAUAUUAGAAUAUGAAUUAUGAGACAGAUUAUACAAAAUGGUAUUACGUUUACUAUGGAUAUUCAAGAACAUAAAGAUUAGCACAUGCUAGAGUAGAAUUUAAGGACAGAGUUGCUGAAUUACAAUUCAAAAACACAUUCUAAUACUUACCAAAUAAAUUCUCAGUUUAUACAGCUAAAGAUAAGUUUUAUGCAGCAUAUAGUGGUAAUAUUGCACAUUUGAGAUUGAAUGGAGGUGAUGGUGCUUUUGAUCCUAAAACUUAUGGUGACAAUAAAUAAGAUAUCUUCGGAUACAAUAUUGGAAAAGAUAAUGUCAAAGAAAAAGAACCUGAAGUAGAUCCACUUAGAUAAUAAGAAGUAUUAGAUUCAGCAUGGAAUCAAGAUAAACCAGUUUAUUCAACUGAAUUCAAGAAGGAAGAUUUAGCUGGUAUUUAAGAAUAUGGUUAUGGAUUCUAUUAUAGACAUCUUGAAUAAUACCCAGUACAAAUGAGAGAUGGUAGAUUGGAACCAUGGUACAUGAUGUCAAGAUUGUCAUGGAAUAAGGAUGAAGGAAAUAUUAGAAUGGGAGAUAGAUUAUUGGCUACUUGGUAAGAACAAGCUGCUAUUUUGUUUGUUACCAACAAUCUACCAGGAGAUCCAAAUAUGUUAGGUAGAAUUAAUGUUGCUGAAAGGGAAGGAUUAUGGACAUUCUUAUAUUUCAGUUAUUCAUUGGAAGAUUAAUUGGCAGUUGGUAUUUUGAAAUUCGAUAACAAUGAAGAAGUAUUCCAUAUUCCAAUGAAAUGCAAUCAUGGUAAAGUUGAUUAUUUGAAAUUCACUUUGGGAUCUGCACCUCCUCACUUCUAUCCAAGAUUCAAUGGUUAGUUUGCUAACUAUGCAGUCAAAUUAGGACCUGGUGCAUUUGUCAAGAAUUACGAAUCAAAGAAGAAGUAUUUACUCAAUAGAAUUCCUCACCCUGCUGUUGAUGAUAACAAAUUCAAAUAAUUCAAAGUAGUGGAAGGUUAGAAACAAUUCAAGGGAGACAGUUAAGAUGAAGUUAUAGUUGAAGUACCAAAUGAUUUCAGCAAAUUUGCAACAGAAUACUCAAUUUCAGGAUGGCUCAGAUGGGAUAAUCCAGCUCUUGGUGCCCCAUGGUACAAUGUAUUCAGAUUAAGUUUAUAUAAUGGCGAUUUGAAUGCUGAAAACAGAUUUGGUGAUAGAGACUUGGCAUUGUACAAACAUAAUACUUACUAUCAAUAUCACACUUAUAACUAUAACCCAGGACAACCAUGGACAUUUGAACAUGUGAUUCCUCAUGCUGAUCAACACACAGUAUGGCACUUCUUCUAUUCAGGAUAUUCAAGAGACAAAGGAAUUCAAUAUCAUUUUAUUUCAUUCUAAGAAUCUGAUGUCGAGAAGGUCUUUGAUAAAUAGAAGCAUCUUGUAGUAAAUAAACACUACUUGUCAUUUGGUAAAGAUUACAAGAAGUUCUUCCCAUCACAUAGAGGAUUCACUGGUACUGCUAGUAUGGUUAAUUUGAAUUAUGGAGAAGGUGCAUUCACCAUGAAACCAUUCACUAAAAAGAAUGACUUAUUCUAAUUUGCUGAAGGAGAGAAGAAAUACAGACAACCAUUCUCAUUAUUAGAAAUCUGGAGUGACAAGAAUAAAUAAAUACCCUCUAUUUCUGAUAGCAAUGAAAUAGUCUAUAAUGUUGAAUUGACAGAUGCUAAAGAUAACAUCAGAGGAUUAGAUGAAUAUGGUUGGGUUGCAUGGGUUAGAUCAUCCAGAACUGAACCAAAGAACUUGCCAUUUAGACCCCAUACUCACUCUAUUGCUAGACUUUCAACUUAAAGAGUCAACAAAAAUACUCAAUAACCAGGAGACAGAGUGCUAGUAGCAUGGUAGUAUUUCCCAACUUAUUAUUUCGCUACUUACACUACAGGAAAUAGUGAUGUAGGCCAACAAACUCCAUUCAAGAUUGUUGAUGGUUACUGGAGAUUCAUCUCUAUGUCAUAUAAGAAGGGAGUAGUUAAAGCAUAUGUUUACUUUGAUGAUAAAGAUAUUGCUGAAUUAAAAUUCGAUGUUAAACAUGAACUAGUUAGUGAAUAUUUGAGAACUAACAUGUGGUGGAGAAACUGA